AGACAUUCCUUUAUUAGUCCCACAGUGGGGAAAUUGCAGAAUCACAGCAGUGGGUGUAUAUUAGAGCAGCAGUAAAAGAUACAAAUAAAAUACAAAAUACAAUAUUAAACAUACAGAGCAAUACAAAAUAUAUAUACACGGUAGUGAUUAAAGUGUAUUUUCAGCAGGUUAAAGUGUCCAGGAUAAAGUGUUGAGUGUGUUUAAGUGUUUAAGUGGUUUUAGUGAUCUACUGCAGUUUGUUGUGCAGCCUGACAGCAGCUGAAGGAAGGACUUGUGGUUCCUCUCCCUCAGACACCGGGGCUGAAGGAGCUGUGCAGAGCUGCUAGUGUCCUGCACGGGGUGGGAGGUGUGGUUCAUCAGGGACGAGAGCUUAGCCAGCAUCCUCCUGUGUCCCACCACCUCCACAGUAUCCAGAGGACACCCCAGCACGAGGCUGGCCUUCUUUAACAGCUUGUUCAGCCUCUUCCUGUCAGCCGCUGCCAUGCUGCUGCUCCAGAGGACCACUCCAUAGAAGACGGCUGAUGCCCCCACAGAGUCAAAGAAGGUCUUCAGGAAUUCUCCCUGCACUCCAAAAGACCUCAGCCUCCUCAGCAGAAAGAGUCUGCUCUGUCCCUUUUUAUAAAGUGCGUGUGCGUGGACAGCCCAGUCCAGCUUGUUGUUUAGGUGAACACCCAGGUACCAUAAGAUUUGACAAUCUCAAUGUCCAGUCCCUGGAUGCUCACUGUUACCGGAGGAGAGCGUUUACCCCGGCGGGAGUCCACCACCAGCUCCUUGGUCUUACUGGAGUUGAUGUGGAGGCGGUUUCGCUGGCACCAUCCUAAAAAGACCUGGUUCAGUUCUCUGUACUCCCUGUCAUCGUCGGCAGAGAUGAGGCCGACGAUUGCAGAGUCGUCAGAGAACUUUUGCAGGUAGACGUUAUCAGAGUUGUGCUUGAAGUCCAAAAUGUACCUCCUUCAAAAGGUACCACACAUUCAGGCUGUGAUUGACUAAAUACAUUUACAAGUGUAGCUCGUGUUAAAUGAUCACUCCUUUAAGAACAGGACAUACUUGAAUCACACUCCUCUUAGGUUUGUGUUUCUUCAAUUAAUUUGGAGCUGGACCGCCACCUAAAAUUCAUUCAAUUUAAUGAUGCCUGAAGAAAAAUGUGAUGAUUUUGAUUCUUGCAGAAAUUCAUGAUGAUUUAUAUUUUAUAUGCGGUGCUCAGUUCAUCCUACUUUUUGGGGAACGACGGUAUUCGUAUCAUGCUGUAAUGUUGCAGAACAGAUGCAGGGCUCAAAGGCACAAAGGGAGGACCGCAUGGUACAAAGACUGCAGUCAUUCGACUCCACAGUCUCUAAACUCUAAUUACUGACUCGCAGUAGUUGUACACCAGCCGGUCAAACUGUAAUUUAUACUUGUCUGUCCAAAAUGUGUGAUAUAUUGUCAUUUGCAUAUGAAUUAUUGAGUUAUUGCCAAAAAAAGGUGCUUACUGAGGUCCUAGUUACCUUUGACCACAAAAUUAUUGGCGUUUAUGCCAAUUUUUAAGAAAUUAGCUCAAGGCAUUCCUGCGAUGUCACGUUCACGAGAAUGGGACGUACGUACGUACGUACGUACGGUGGACGACACAAAAGCAUAGUGUGGCAUGAUGAAAAGCAAUCGGAAGAUGAGAUUAACAUAUUUUAUCACUUAAAGACUCUACAGUUAUUUAGUCUUAAGGAUCCUGAUCAUACAGACUUGGUGUUAUUUUCAUUACUGAAUAAUCUGCCAAACAGAACCAGAGAAUAUUUGGACAUUGUACUUGCAAAAGGCCUAAAAGAGGACUUUAGAAUUGUAAAAAAUGUUGCAGGUGUAAAAAAAUCAUCCUUAACCUUUGUUGUGUUAUGGUUUCACAAAUUAUGAAGACAGUUGGAGAACAUUUAGAUCACAUUGGCUGUAGGCUCUAUAGUAUGAUGUUUUCCUUGGCAACUAUUAUGUUAUUUCCAAAAUGACAUUUAAUUAUCAAAUGUCUUGAAAAUAUUUACUGCCAGUUAGCCCAGCAUGUUCACGUCUGGCUCCGACCCGGAUGUUCAGGAAGCCAGAAUUAUUGUUCUCCCAUGAGAUAAGAUAAACACUUUCUAAGUAUAUGGACCGGUGUAUUAAAUACAGUGAAUAUCUGUAAAUCUGAAGAUGUACAUUGUUCUCACGAUGUAACACAGAUAAAUACAAUACAACAGAGUAGAACUUGACAUACUCUGUUGGUGGAAACUACUGUUUAGCAAAUACAGACUCCAUCGUUGACACAAUCAAAAUGACCUUCAGGGGAAACUGUCCACGAGCCUAACUGGCACAUGCACGCACACAUGCACGCGCACACAAGCAAACACAAAAAACACAAAGGCAAACACACGCCCAUUAGGCCCCUCCUCCCUGUCAGUACGCAGGUGUGUCAGCCUCAGUCGUUUGCAAAGCACCAAACCCAAACUUUUUACGCACCGUGCCGCCGCUUCACCUUCAGCGUGCUCGUUCCCCUUUGAGUAUCAACUGCUGCAACGUUCAUACCAGAUUAGGAUGGAUUAAAAUGUCUUCGGGUGCCAUGCUCACAUUCCCGGUUCGUUUUGUGUCGCACCGCCAAGUCCUCGCAGGGAACAGACCCGAUUUGGAUGCCCUCCAUUGCCGUUUCCGCAUUCCCGCAGCCGCCGUUACCACAUCAGACGCGGAGCUCAGAUCCAUGAUCGCAACAGAAAAAAACCGGUUCCUCCGGCUAAUCUACACAAGCAGUGCUGUCGGUGCAGUAUGUUUCCAGCUAGGGGAAUAGAGGGAACCCGGAGGGCUGAACGGCUGGUCACUGCGGGCUGUAAAAGGCCGUUUUCAGCGGACUGAGUAAGUGUGAACCGCGCGUGUUAUUGAUCGGUGUCACGAUCAAACCUGAAAGAACCCCGCCGCGGCGCUCCUUCAUGUCCCGGGAUGGAGAGUUGCUGUCGCUCCUGUAUGCCGUGUUUCGGCCGGCUGUGGAACUACAUAUGGCCCGACUUCCGCUACCCAAACGUUCCCAACAAUAGCAACCAUGUCAUCGCCAAUCCGGCCGCGCAGGCGGCGGAGAUCCGCACCGUGUCCGGCGACAUCCGCAUCCCGUCUCCCAAGAAGCGGCCGGUGCAGCUUUACGCGGCGCUCUUCGACUUUGAGGCCCGCAGCGACGACGAGCUGACGGUGAAGGAGGGGGACAAGCUGUCGGUGAUCGAGAAGCGGGGGGAGUACGUGCUGGCCAAAAAGCUGACCGGGUCCCUGCAGUCCGGACUGAUCCCGGCGAACUACGUGGCUCUGCUGCAGGACGAGUUCGCCAAACACAAGUGGUACUAUGGGAAUAUAAACCGGGUGAAAGCUGAGAAGCUGCUGCUGGCUUCCCAAAACAAAGAUGGCUCCUUCCUGGUUCGCAUCAGUGAGAGUCACAGCGAUGAGUACACAAUCUCUGCCCGAAGUGAGGGAAAAGUGUACCACUUCAGGAUUCAGCGCUCGACCAUCGGGGCGUACUUCGUCUCAGAUAAGAUCUCCUUCGCUACGCUUGGAGAGCUGAUCUCCUACUACCAGAAAAACCCUCGCAGCCUGGGAGUGCUGCUGGAGGAGGCCUGCGCUCAGCAGCGGGAGCUGUUUGACAUGGAGCCGUGGGAGAGACCGCGAGAGGAGUUCAGACUCCACAAGAAACUGGGAGAGGGACACUUUGGAGAGGUGUGGGAGGCUCUGUGGACCACGGAGAACAAGAAGGUGGCCAUAAAGACACUAAAACAAGAGGACACGAAGCAGGACGAGUUCGUCAAGGAGGUUCAGGCAUUGAAGAGCCUCCAUCACCCCAAGCUGAUCCAGCUGCUGGCCAUGUGCUCCAGAGGAGAGCCGGUCUACAUCGUGACCGAGCUCAUGAAGAAAGGAAGCCUCAAGGCCUACCUCGCCUCUGCUGAAGGCCAGGUGCUGACAUCAGCUCAUCUGAUCUACAUGGGCAGUCAGAUCGCAGAGGGCAUGGCCUACCUGGAGGACAGAAACAUCGUCCACAGGGACCUGGCGGCCAGAAACGUCCUUGUGGGAGAAGAUCUGGUCUGCAAGGUGGCCGACUUUGGACUGGCUCGGAUUAUUAAGGACAGUGUAUACACAGCCAGUCGAAACACAAAGAUCCCAGUGAGAUGGACGGCUCCCGAAGCGGCCAUUUACCAGAAGUUCUCCGUAAAGUCCGAUGUCUGGUCAUUCGGGGUCCUGCUGUAUGAGAUGAUGUCACGUGGCAAGAUGCCCUAUGAUGGAAAAAGUAACAAGGAAGUGUUGGACCUGCUGUCGUCGGGGUUUCGGCUGCCCUGCCCAACACGCUGUCCUCAGAAUAUUUAUCGCAUCAUGAUGGAUUGCUGGGCUGCCGAGCCCUCCAAGAGACCCUCCUUCCACGCCCUGCACAGCCAGUUGGAUACAAUAUAUGCCAGGAUAUAUUUCAAGACUAUAGAGGUAUAGAAAGGGCAAGUUGUGGGGGGAAGAAGAGGACGAUGAAAGCAGAUUAUCUGCAGCUGAUCAUCGACAGCAAGAUGGACAUCAAUUAUGGAAAGAGUCGGAUGAAAACUUGCACGAAGUAUUCUCCUCCCCCGUGCCACCCACUUCCACCACAGGGUAUAUGUAUUUGAAGAACACAAAGGUCAAAGGAUGGAGGGAGAAGAGCAUUAAAAGCAAACAUACGGAAGUGAAUUGUUCAAAAUAGGGAAGAUGUUCGCCAAAUAAAAAUGAGGAACACUUCAUUUCAUAGGCUAAAGGAAAGCAAGAUGGAUAAAGACUGAAAAUAGCCACGGAAAUGUGUAAAUACUCUCUGAAAUCCAAACUGAACACUAAACCCCUCAGCACAUUCACAGAACAAAUUGUUUUUAAUUUUAUACCCUUUUGUGUUUUAUAAAUACUAUUUUAUUACCUCUCUGUGCAAUGUCUGUGUAUGCACACUUAAACAUGUUAUGAAGUCACAGGUCAGGACUUUAAUCACCUGUCUUUUGACUGCAACCAAUGCUAAAUAUUGAGUUAUGUGCAAUAAUUACAGCUGGCUGGAUUUUUUUAGCCAUGUUGGAGGCCCAAUGCUAUGGACACUGAUCCCUGAUCGCUCUGUUACUCCAACACUUUGUCCGAAGUGAAAUAUCGCACCACUUGUUGCAAUGAUAUUUGGUUCAAAUCUUUGCUUUCCCCAACGGAUGAACAAUUGUGUUGAUUACAUGACUUUAUUUUGCACCACAGUCGAGUCACAAUUUCCUCUCGUCCAACGUUCCAUCAUAUUAUUAAUUCCUAAACUUCCAUCAGCUUCAGCUGUACUUUAAGAUCAAUGGAUCGGAUAGACCAAAGGUAUCUGAAUGAUUAAGGAAACCAAUAACUCUUUCGCUGUAAUAUGGCAUGGGAGUCCAAAUCCAAACAGUGUUCUCGAUCUUUUUACCUGAGUCCCAAGAAAGUAAGGGAAUGAGUAUGUAUUUCCAAAAAUGUUGAGAUAUGAAGUGCUGCAGGAAUGAAUUCUAAAACCGGGAAAUCAUUUAACAUUUUUGCACUUCCAGUUUCUUUGUCCUAAAGUCAGUGGUUAUUUGUUAAUGAGAUUUUGGUGAGAUGCUUGAAAUAAGGUAUGUGGUGAACACAAACCUAAGAGAUGUUAACGCGUUGUUCUAAAACAUUAAAUACAUACCCCUUGUGAAUUUUGAAGCUUUUACGCGUCUCAAAAACCGCAGUUGCCAACGUGAAAUCUAAAAUAAAGUUUGAAGCUAAGUGGUGGUGUAAAGCCAUCGGGGUGGAGCUUGUUAAUUAAAAUCAUUGUUGUCCACAGUUUACUUGUGCAUUAAUUCAAAAUCUAAUGGAAUUAUCCCAUUGACCUUUUGUUGAGGGAACCAGAUCAAUUCUAACUUCUGGGUAAACCUAAAAAAAAAACUGGUAAUCCCUGCAGCAGUAUCAUUGGCAUGCAAAGAUGGACCCACGUUAACUUACUGCUGAUAUUUGCAUGUUAGCUUGUGAAUGAACAUGCACGUAAAACUUAACGAGUAACAUACUACAUAAAAACAUUGCCAGUCAUUCGCAUGUUGAGCAUUUCAAUAGAGGAGCACGAUACAGCUAAGGCUGAUAAAAGCUGAACCAAGUCAAGUUUGAGAUCUUCUGAAUUGGCCACUGUUAAGAAGAUGGCCCAUUUGAUUUAUGUGACCAAAAUGGCCCAUGUCAAAGUUAACAUUUACCACAUUAAACGUAAGCAUCUAGUCUGUUCUCUUCAUUUUUCAUCAUCCACCAUUUAUUUUCUAUAUCACACAAUUGUACAACAUUGUUGCAAUGCAAUUUGAGAACAUUGCAACAUUUGUCUUUUAUGCAUGUCCAUAUAUACAGCAGACAAAGCCAAGUUCAGGGAACUUUAGCCAUAAUCACCUAAUCACAAGAUUGAGUUGUAUAUGUGCCGUCAUGCAAAGAAUAAAAUAUUUUAACUAUU